GAUAAUCAGAAAAAUAUAAAUAAAUGAUGGAAUUUGUUUCAAGCGGGGCGACAUCCUCAAAUUAUGUGAGAGAGUCGGGGCCACGAUAUGUGAUAGAUAAGCACGGGAAACGGAGACAAUCGUCUACAUUUAAGGAGUUGGUGGGCAGCACAACAGAACAACGUAACUGGCGUGGUAUCCUCAUAGCUCUGUUGGUAAUUGUGACAGUGUUCGGACUUAUUAUAGCCGCCAUUGUUCUUAUCACUCCAAAGGAACUUGAUGAAAAUUUUGGAGAGAAAUUAACUUUUAAAGAGCUUGUUCAACAUAAAUUUGACCCGUUGCCUUUCCAGAAAUCGUGGACUUCAGGUGAAACUUUGAUAUAUAGACGUACGGAUGGAAUGGUGGUACAGUUUGACUGCGGGAACAAUGAAACGUCAGAAAUCAUGGACAAUUCAACUUUUAGAGAGUUGGAUACAGAAAAAUAUAAAGUAUCACCAGAUGGGAAAUACGUUCUUCUACCUUAUAAUAUCCAAAAUAUUUAUAGAUAUACCUAUUUAGCAAAAUAUAGAAUAUAUGACACCGAGAAAAAAUUCCAUAUAGACCUUAUAGGUCCUAUAAUUAAUGGCAAAGCCGUAGAAAAUGAUUUCCAGUAUGUCGCAUGGUCACCCACUGACCAUGGUCUUAUUGUUGUUGCCAAUAAUAAUAUUUAUUAUUUAAAACCAUGGAAUUCUUUAAAAGAAAUAGAGAGUAGCGAUUAUUCAGAAGUUACAAGCAAUGGCUUAAAAGAUGUCAUUUAUAACGGAGUGCCUGAUUGGUUGUACGAGGAGGAGAUUCUUUUAUCGGACCACGCCAUCUGGUGGAACCCUGAUGCUUCCGGUAUAGUUUAUGCAAGUAUUGAUAACAGACAUGUACAGACUUAUGAUAUGACUAUUUAUGGACCAUUAAAGAAUAGAUAUGUAGAAAACAGGAGACUGCCUUAUCCAAGGCCGGGUACCACAAAUCCAACAGUGACAAUGAAAUAUUAUAAUUUCAAUAACAAAUCUUCAAUCACAUUUAAACCACCGACUGAUUUUGUAAACACAGAAUAUUAUGUCACUUCCGUGACAUGGAAGGACAGCACUCACGUGUUAGUCACGUGGCUCAAUAGACCUCAGAAUGUUUCCAUUUUAACCAUCUGUGAUAUUGUAACAUACGAUUGUUCGGUUAGUUUCCGUGUAGAAGCGGAAAAUGGUUGGCUAGACAUGUCGCAGUCUGCAGUGUUUUCAUCGACAGGCGAUGAAUAUUUUAUUAUUCUUUCACAAAAAGAAGGAGAGCAUGGAAGUUUUAAACACAUUGCCAAAAUUGAUGCCAGUACGUCUAACAGGGGAACACGUUUGUUUGUGACGUCAGGGCGUUUAGAAGUGAAGAAAAUUUUGGCGUACCAUGACGUCACAAAUACAGUGUACUUCCUUGGAGUUCAACAAGACGAUCCGAGAGAAAGACAUUUGUACAGUGCCACUGCAAUACAAGAAUCGGAAGAUUUCCGGCAGCCGACGUGUUUAUCAUGUGACUACUCUGACGAAUGUCUGUUCGUUGAUGCCACAUUUAGUCCAAAAGCCGACUAUUUUGUAUUAAGCUGUAAGGGUCCCGGGGUACCCUACUACCAGCUCAUGACUCCGCCCUUCAAUCUAGUUAAAAUGUUGGAGGACAACGAACAAUUACGAGAGAACAUCAAAGGGAAAGGAUUACCAAAAAUAGAAUUUGCGCAAAUCACGGCAGAUGAUGGCCAUGAUAUUUGGGUCAAGUUGUUCCUUCCGGCCGUUCUUAAAAAGGAUGAAAUUAUUACCUUUAACAUGGUAAUGAAAGUAUACGGUUCCCCGGGCACACAGAUGGUGACUCACGAAUAUUCCGUCGAUUGGGAACACUAUGAAUGCAGUGCGCAUGGUUUAAUUAUUGUGUACGUAGAUACACGUGGUUCUGGUGGGCGUGGCGAUGACUGGACGUUUUCAAUCUAUAAAAACCUUGGUACUCUAGAAGUUGAGGACACCAUUACGGUCGCUAAACAUUUCCUGUCCCAACAAUAUGUACAUGCGCAGGCAGCUAUCAUAGGCAUUUCUCAUGGUGGUUUUGUCGCAGCGUCGGUACUAGGUAACAGAGACAACCCAUUCAGUGCUGGUAUAGCCGUGGCACCUGUCACAGACUGGAGAUAUUAUGACUCAUUUUAUACAGAGAAAUUUAUGGGAUUUCCCACUGGAGCUGACAAUAUUCAAGGGUACAAUACUGCCAAUGUAUCGGGAAAUGCAGGAAAUUUCAGGAAAUCAAAGUUUAUGUUGAUACAUGGUACUGGAGAUGACAAUGUACACUUCCAGCACUCAGCACAGUUGAUCAGAGCUUUAACAGAGAGUGAUGUAUAUUUCAAAACUCAGAUCUACACAGACCAACAACAUUGGUUAAAUGGUGGUAACACACGGAAUCAUUUAUACAACACCAUGGAAGAUUUCCUUUUCCGGAGCUUCGGGAGAACCCCACCACGUGAGGUACCGGAAGUUGUGAUUGUAGAAGAGGAGGAAGACUAAUUAAUGUAUUUAAAUAAUCACGCGAGACAAUCAAAACAUUGGAGUCAAAACGGAAACCGUCGUGCCAAAAUCGGCUGCUUUUAGAUAUGAUGGCGGGUGAUAAAAGUUCAUAUCAAAUUGCUCUUCAGUCUUCAGAUUUUCAGAUGAUCUGGAAGAUUUGUUACACGCAUGUGUCAAUAAAACAGAUAGGACUGUUAUCUUCAUUAACAAUGUGAUUUAUUUUUACGACAUUAGUGAUAACCCGGAUGACGACUGAUUCGGCCAAGCGCAGUUUAGAUUUGUUUCAUUAAAAAAAUCCAAAAAACAUUGAAUUAAAUGUUUGUAUGUGUAAUAGAUCUCUAGAAAAUCGUGAAAUCAAAUUUAUUAUAUGAACAUUUCCUGUUGGAAAUAAAAGAUAAAUCAUCAAGAACAAUGUUUCUACGUUGUCUUGGUAAAACAAAGAAGUGGUGCUCAAACAGCUGUCAUUGCUUUUUUGUAUUAACACUAAAAAUUAAAUUCAUAUAAUUGUCAAUGCAAAAAUCAUUCAAAUGCCAGAGGCAUUUGAUUUUUCAAGAGUUCUAAUUCUGACUGCUUAAUAUAAUUCACUUAGAGAAUGUUCAAGUAAUGUUUUUGUCUUGUAAAAUACAGUUUAGAAAUACAGCUUAGGUUUGUUCGGAUAUAAAGCUUAUUAGUUUACUAAAUUGACCAUACAUUUGUAAAAAGAUGCAGAUAUCAUGUACAGGGUUUAAAUCAACGCUAUAAAUGUAAUAUCGCAGCAUUAAUUUUUAUACAAAUAUCUAAAUGCAUGUAUUGAGGUUUGACGCCUAGAAUGGUUAAAUUCUUGUUGGUUUGAAAUUUCUAGAAACGUUAAAAACGGUUAUAUGUAUUAAUUGUUCAGUAAUGUUUUAAGCAAACGUGUCCACCUUUCAAUUUUGACAAAACCGUACACUAUUUUUGAAAAAAAAAUCAAAAUAUGAACUGACUAAAUAGUUACUAGUGCAGACCAUGAUCAGAUUGCAAUGAUGUGGCGGUCGGUACAUGUGUAUAGAUCUGCACUGAACGCACGUUUAGAAUCAAUUGUCACUAGAAGGGUAAAGGCUAUAAAGUACUAUUUGGGCAGUUUGAAUUUUAUUUCUUUGCUUUGCAUUUUAAAAAAUCAACAUGUUAAAAUGCUAGCUUAUUUCCGUUGGUAAAAAAGGCCUGUUCGUAUAGUUGAAAUUAACAUUUUUAUUUUUCAAACUCUAAUUAUGCUAAUAAAGGUUUUUCUUUUUUAUGAGACAUUUUAUUUGGUUAUUUAUUUAUUUAUCUAUUUAUUUAUGUAUUAUCAUUUUUUGGGUUCUUAUAAUUUAAAAUCACGGAAAAUGUUACGCACAUUCAUGUAAAAAUAUCGCAACACUGGUCCGUUUUUACAUUGAUAUUAUAUUUUGUGCAAUUUUUAAUUCUUCAUCAAUAGUUCAGACUUAUUCAUUAUAUAUGUUUUGUUGAUAUGUUGACGUAUUUAAGAUAGAGUGAGUUACGUUGAGCGUUUAUGUAACUGAGUGAAUGAUGCUGAUAAUGUUCAAAUAUUGACCAAUAAUCAAUACUGUAGUUCCAAAACUGUUCAUACAGUAGAUAGAGGGCGUGUUGUGUGCAAAGGUCAUAUACUUUAGUAUUUCAGUACAUUAGUUACACAUGAAAGGGGGGAUUGUGGAAACUGAAUCCACUUUUCAUGCUAACUAGUGUAAAUUCCUAUGUAAAGGUGAGUUAUGUAACAAUACAUAGGGGUUCUAAUCUAUUGUUUAUUUGUAUACACAAGCAUUGCUUUUAAGAAGAUAUCAAUACAUGUAAGUCUAGAUGUUUAAUUAUUCUGUAGUGGUUUUAUUUCCAUUAUACGAAAUUUGGAUUUACGUUUUAGAAAAGACCUAACCAUUCAAUGGUAAUAUCACUAUAGGUAGUUAACAUUAGACAGUAGUGUAUUUUAUAGUUAAUAGUGAAUGUUUGACCUGGGUAGACGGUCUAUAUUAAAGGAGGGUAAUCAUGUAAUGUUAGUAUGGAAGAGGUUUUGAAUGUAAGGUCAUAAUAUUGUUGUUUUUAUAACUCAAAGGGGGUAAGUUGAUUGUUGUUUUGUUUUAAAUGGUGACGUAACUGCCAGUGUUAAAACAUACGUUAAACAGUAUUCAUUUGUAAAUAUGUCAGAAACACAUGUGAUUCUAUGUAAAAGUUGUUUUUUUUUCUAUGUUUCCCUACAUUUAUAAACAUUCCUAUACAUUUUUUUUGUAUUGUUUAUAACAUUGGCCUAUGUUCUGCAUCUUCCUGUUUACACACAGUUACUUGUUCAAGUGAUAAAUCAACCAAUUAAAGUAUUUUAUUUGA